AUGAGAGAUAAUUUUAUNAAAGGCAAGGCUGUGGAGGAGCCGGCACUUGUGAAAAAAUUAUUAGAGCUAUCUGAUAGUAAGACUGAACAUUUACCGAGUUUAUUACCAUUAGUUCCUGGAAUGCCAGUUAUUAUUACACAAAAUAUUGCUAUUGAACUGGGAUUAAUUAAUGGCGUGAAUGGAAUCUUUAGGCAACUGGUUUAUGAUCUUGAUUCAGUGUCAACAGAUAGUCUUUCAAAAACUUUUCCAAUGAACACCCAAUAUGUCCAUAAGCCAAUAUAUGCAUUGGUCGAAAUCAGUAAAUCAAAGAUUGAAUGUAAUCUUAAAAAUCUGCAACCGAAACUUGUCCCAAUACCAAUAAUCGAACAGACAUUCCAAUUACCAAAGGAUACAGAUGAUAUCGCUCCAGUCUAUGUACCAUUGUCCAGAGUCAAACGUUUAAGUGAUUUAAUUAUUUUACGACAUUUCGAUUACAAAGUCUUACUGAUCAAACACAGUAAAUCUCAAGUCGCCGAGAUGCAAAGACUAGAUAAACUCUACAUAGAAACACAAAUGCGCUUUUCAGAGUGGUUCUAA